CCUUGAGAUCACGAGUCAUGAUAACGGGAAAAAGCAAAUGUGGAGCAUCUGUGGAAUGGUGGAUGCCAUCAUCUAACGACCAUCUUAUAACUAAUUUCACUGUUGUCCUAUAUUCCAUGCACAACAACGGGUGGAGGUACGAGGAAACAGUUAAUGUUGGAAACCAUACAAAUUACACAACACGUGAAUGUAAAUUUCAACCUGGUCGUCUGCACUACUUCGGCAUAAGAUCAAAUGUAAAACUUAGCAAUCCAUCAGAAACGUUUUACGUGGAAAGCAGUUCGUCUUGGUUUAUAUUAGAACUUUAUCCUCCUGGGAAUAUAAACCAAAACCAAAGCAAACUCAUCGCUAACAAGCUGUAUUUAAAGUGGGAGGAAUCUGGACAUAAUACCUUUCUCAAUCAUUAUAAAGUCACAAUAAAUGGCCACGAACAGCUGACUUACGGAAGUUAUCCAGAGGUUCAUUGGGAAAGGCCAUUUUCUCCAGGAUCCAAACAUAACGUAACUAUAGUUGCAGUUAGUUAUGGGGAUAUAUCUAGCGGUCCAUGGUAUAUAUUUAUGGAAAGUGAACCAUCUUUGUAUUGGAUAGAAUUUAACAAAUCUGAUACACACAAGUACACGUUUCUGGACUAUGGUGAAGGAGAUAGUGUAUUGGGAAAUCGCAGUCACAGUGCAGUUCUUAGUUCCCCGAUAAAAGUCCCUGCAGGAGAUGGAGCUGUCGAGGGUUUCCGAGACAUAAUUAUCGGAUCAAAUGGAAUAAUUGGACUUGGAAAUGAUUCGAGAAAAAUAACGGGUGGCACAAUACAUUAUAUCGAUACAUCAGAAGAUAAACGAAUAAUAUGUCCGUUUUAUACAAGUGUGUCGUCACAACACACAGCUGGAAAUGUUUACUACAAGGCAUAUUCGAGUCGAACUGACGUAGAUGAUUUAUUUUUGGAGGAAGCAAAUGAAUUAAUUCGACUGAAUUUCGGGGAUUUUCCAGACUAUAAUGCAACAUGGCUUGUCAAGGCAACAUGGGAAAACAUGACAUUGUCAGGAGACAUUCCACUGAUGGUGACUUUCCAGUGCCUUCUUAUAACUGAUGGUCGAAACACUUUCACAGUCUUUAAUUAUAUAGAUGUGAAUCUUACGUCAAUCCCGGGGAAGAACAUUACCAUUGGAUAUCAGUAUAACAGGUCCUCUGUAAUCGUGCCGUUUUCAAACACACAACAGGCUUUCCAAAUGAGUAAUCAUCCUGGAAACAGAGGAGUGCCUGGCUUUUGGAUUUAUAAGAUGACAACUGGUAUACCAAGAAACUCAGACGAAAAACUAUGUUACGAUUGGUACCAAAACAGUAUAGACAAAGGCGUUUUAUAUAAUUUGUUAGCCAUUAGAAAUCAAAUUGAAUGUCCGUGUGAUAGUCGUCUUUUAAGAUUUGAUCCGCGGUAUGCCAUGAAUAGAUUUGACAGGAAGAACCGAGUCCUAUGUUACGCAUCCAUGACAACUGGAAUAAAUGCGGAAUGUUGCUACAGAAUGCAUGGGUCAAUCAACAAUUUGAGUACCCUUGAACAGUUUUUGCCUUCGGCUGGAACAUUCUUAGAGUAUAAUCCGUUCUUUGAAAGAAAACUCUACAUAAAAAAUGAUCUGAAACAGAAAGAGGCCUGCUGUACCUCUGGGCACUGUCAGUGGUAUUACGAAAUCCGUCCGAUUCCACGCUGUUAUACAAGAUCACCUUUUCAAAAUGGUGUGAAUUUUGGUGAUCCACACAUUUUGACACUUGAUGGGAAAAACUACACAUUCAAUGGAUUGGGAGAAUACACAAUGCUGAAAAUAGAUACAGAAAAUACGACGUUCGACUUACAGGCAAGAACAGAACUGGCUACAACAGCAAACGGAUCCACCAUCAAUGCCACUGUAUUCAGCGCAUUUGUGGCCCAGGAUCAAACUGGUUCAAAAGUCCAAAUAGAGAUGACUCGAGACAAAAAAAAAAUGAUAAUUAGGGUUAACGAAAAUGACAUGACAAGAGAAUUUGAAGAUGCAGAAUACUAUUAUCUGACGCAAAAUUUGUCUCUUCGCUGGGAAAACCAAAGCAUAUCAGCAUCAUUUCUAAAGUCAUCUAUUUUAUUGAAAUUCAGUUUGGGAGUACGAUUUUUAAUUUCGGAAACAGUUGUUGACAAUAAAUAUAAGGGACUUUUGAAAGGGUUGAUGGGUAAUUUUGACGGGAUUAUCAACAAUGACUUUAUCCUACCAAAUGGAACUACUCUGGAUGACAAUGCAACCACAACAGAACGGGAUAUUUACUACAAUUUCGGACAACUUUGGCUUGUGAAUGAAAACUCCACCUUCCACUACAGUAAGGGAUUAACAUUCAAAAAUUAUACUCAUCCUGAAUUCGAACCAAUAUUUUUGGACGAGAUAGAUGAACAGAAAUUAGAAGAUGCCAACAGAAAAUGUGGAAAAAAUCCGUCCCAGGCGUGUGUAUUUGAUUACUUGGCAACAGGAGAUAUAACACUUGCCGAAUCAUCUGGAACAGAGGAAACGGUUUCACUCUCUGAUGCCAAGCUCAUUGACAACGAAAGCCCUAGCAUAUCAGGAAACACAUCUAUUAACGCUGAAGUUGGCAAGGUCGUUGAAUUGUGGUUUAAUGCUACCGAUGACGGCAGUCAAGCCCCAAAGUAUAAUUCACUGAAACACCCCAGCAAUUUUACCCUGAAUACAACCAGUGGAUUAGCAACAUGGACACCGCAAGAUACAAACACAUCGGAAAUAAGCAUAAGUGUGGUAGAUGAAAUGAAUGCAGAGUCACCAUCUAUAGAUGUUACCAUUGUUUUAUGUGGUGGCUGCGAAAAUCAGGGCCGUUGUGAUUUUGUGAAUACUUUGCUGACAGAUAACGUUCGUUUUAAUCAUGCAAAAUGUAUUUGCAAAAUAGGAUUUUCUGGAGAUAGAUGUGAGUUGGAUACAGACGGCUGUCUUUACGGUCCGUGCUCUUUGGGACGAGAAUGUACUGACCUGACCCCUGAAGAGGAGCAGAGACUUGGACGAGGAUACAACUGCUCAGAAUGUCCUGCAGGGUUUAAAGACAUCAACAAUGAAUGCGAAGAUAUCAAUGAAUGUGGAAAGGAUAACUCAGAUGUGUGUAGUCCAACAACAGAAACCUGUGAAAACACUGAGGGUAGUUUCUUAUGUAACUGUAUUAAAGGAUAUAGAAAAGAAAAUAACACUUGUAGAGAUAUUGACGAGUGCUUGGAGAGAACUUCUGGAUGUGAACAAACUUGUCAAAAUACUCCUGGAUCAUUUCUUUGCGGAUGCUUUUCGGGUUUUGCUCUAAAUACAGACAACUCUACAUGUAUUCAUACAGAUGAAGAUCCAUGCAAAGAUUUGGAUAUAAACUGUGAGUUCACUUGCAACUCUACUACCGGGAAAUGUAUAUGUCCGAUAGGUUUUCGGCUUCAUGACGAUGGACAUAGUUGUAUAGAUAUUGAUGAAUGUGAGAAGCAUUUGUCUCCCUGCCACCAGGAGUGUAACAACAGGAAUGGAUCAUUUCAGUGCUACUGUCGACCAGGAUAUUCUUUAAAUGACGAUAAAAUUUCAUGCACAGAAUGUGCUGCACCGAAUUACGGAGAGAAUUGUAGCCAAAUAUGUCGGUGUGGGGAAGGUAUGGAUAAAUGUGAUCCGGUUAGUGGGUGUGUUUGUCAGUCUGGAUGGACAGGAAAAUUUUGCAGUGAUGAUAUUGACGAGUGUGAAACGGACCAAGAUAUAUGUGGAUCAGAUAAAGUUUGUAAAAACCUACAGGGUUCUUUCUUGUGUACCUGUAAGGAAGGGUUUUACGAUGAUAACAAUCAUUGUCAAGAUAUAGACGAGUGUUCGGAUUUGAGUUUAAAUGAUUGUCCAGAAAACACAAUUUGUAAAAACUUACAUGGAAAUUAUUCCUGCUUCUGUAGGAAAGGAUAUCAAAGAAACAAUUCUAUAUGCGAAGAUGUUGAUGAAUGUACCCAGAAUAUCCAUGGUUGUUCCCAAAUCUGCAUCAACACAAAUGGUGGUUAUAAUUGCGAAUGUGAAUUUGGUUUUGCACUACACAAUGAUAGAAGGAAUUGUGAAAAAGUGUCUGACGUGUGUGAUUUAUUUCCGGAACUGAACUGUAGUUAUGGAUGCCUUACCGACCACGAUUCAUCAAAUAAAGUUCAAGGAUACUGCUUUUGUGAAUCAGGAUACGAACUUAAUCUUGACAAUAGAACUUGCAAAGAUAUUGACGAGUGUAGCCUAGCCCAUACAUGUGAGCAAAAUUGCACAAAUAAAGAUGGUUCAUUUGAAUGUGCAUGUAGGAUAGGAUAUACCUUGCAAAAUGAUGGAAAAACAUGUGAAGUGUGUAUAGAGGGAUUGUUUGGUGAGAAUUGCUUACAAGAAUGUCAAUGUGGGCGGGGUUCCGAGAGAUGUGACCAUAUAAGUGGUUGUGUCUGUGCGUCUGGUUGGACGGGGGAGUCAUGUGAUCAGGAUAUCAAUGAAUGUAAUGACACUGAUCAGCUGUGUCAAGGAGAACAUGAAGUCUGUAUGAACACCGUUGGGUCUUAUAGAUGUGAUUGUGAAGAAGGAUUUCACAAUUCAACUAACGGUUGCUUAGAGUGUCUGAGUGGAUAUUAUGGGAAGGAUUGCCAGAUGCAGUGUCUGUGUAAUCACAACAACACCGAAUCUUGUGACAAAGUGACAGGUUUCUGUGUUUGUAAAGAAGGUUGGAAUGGGCCCCAAUGCAUUGAGGAUGUGAAUGAGUGUACCAAUGCCUCUAUAUGUCCAGAGCAUUCUGAGUGUAGAAAUUUUGAUGGAUCAUACUCUUGCAAUUGCAAUGAGGGAUUCACACUUGUUGGUGGAUACUGCAGUGAAUGCAACGAUGGUUUUCAUGGAAAAAAUUGUCAGGAACAAUGUUUGUGUAACCCCAACAAUACAGAAUCUUGUGACAAAGUGACAGGAACCUGUGUCUGUAGAAGUGGAUGGAGUGGGCCUCGGUGCAACGACGAUAUAGAUGAAUGUCAAAACAAAUCUGUUUGCUCGAAUCAUUCUGAGUGUAUCAAUUUAGAUGGGUCCUACUCAUGUAAUUGCAUGGAGGGAUUUACACUUAACGAUGGACAAUGUGUUGAAUGUAAACAUGGAUAUUUUGGGAUGAAUUGCAUGAGUCAGUGUUCCUGUAACCCAAACACAAUAGAGGUGUGUGUAAAAGAGAACGGUGAAUGCAUCUGUAGAGAAGGUUGGGGUGGCUUAAACUGUGAUGAAGACAUUAACGAAUGUUCAAAUACCUCGAUCUGUCCAGAACAUGCGGAGUGUACCAACUCUAAUGGUUCCUUCAAGUGUGAAUGCAUGGAUGGAUUUUCUCUUCGAGAGGGACUUUGUAUCGAAUGUGAAAAUGGAAGUUAUGGUAGGAAUUGCCAGAUGCAGUGUUUAUGUAACCUUAACAACUCGGCCUCUUGUGACAAGGUGACGGGUUCUUGUAAUUGUACACAGGGAUGGAGCGGUUCCCAGUGCAAUGAUGAUAUCAAUGAGUGUUCAAAUACAUCUAUCUGUCCCAAACAUUCAAUCUGUGUCAAUUCUGACGGGUCCUACACAUGUGUUUGCAAGGAUGGAUUUACACUUGCUGAAAUGAUGUGUGUGGAAUGCAAGGAUGGUUUUCAUGGAAAGAAUUGUCAGGAGCAAUGUUUGUGUAACCCCAACAACACAGAAUCUUGUGACAAAGUGACGGGGGCCUGUGUUUGUAGAAGUGGAUGGAGUGGGCCACGGUGCAACGACGAUAUAGACGAAUGUGUUAACAAAUCGAUUUGCUCGAAUUAUUCUGAGUGUAUCAACUUAAACGGGUCCUACUCAUGUAAUUGCAUUGAGGGAUUUACACUUGUUGGUGAAAAUUGUGUUGAAUGUAAACAUGGAUAUUUUGGGAUGAAUUGCAUGAGUCAGUGUUCCUGUAACCCAAACACAACAGAGGUGUGCGUAAAAGAGAACGGUGAAUGCAUCUGUAGAGGAGGUUGGGGUGGAUUAAACUGUGAUGAAGACAUUAACGAAUGUUCAAACACCUCGAUCUGUCCAGAACAUGCAGCCUGUACCAACUCUAUCGGUUCCUUCAAGUGUGAAUGCAUGGAUGGAUUUUCUCUUCGAGAGGGACUUUGUAUCGAAUGUGAAAAUGGAAGUUAUGGUAGGAAUUGCCAGAUGCAGUGUUUAUGUAACCUUAACAACACGGCCUCUUGUGACAAGGUGACGGGUUCUUGUAAUUGUACACAGGGUUGGAAUGGCUCCCAGUGCAAUGAUGAUAUCAAUGAGUGUUCAAAUACAUCUAUCUGUCCUGAAAAUGCAAUCUGUGUCAAUUCUGACGGGUCCUACACGUGUGUUUGCAAGGAUGGAUUUACCCUGGCUGAAAUGAUGUGUGUGGAAUGCAUGGAUGGGUUUCAUGGAAAGAAUUGCAAAGAACAGUGUUCAUGUAACCCUAACAACACAGAAUCUUGUGACAAAGUGACGGGGGCCUGUGUCUGUAGAAGUGGAUGGACUGGCUCUCGGUGCAAUGGGGAUAUAGACGAAUGUUUGAAUGAAUCAGUUUGCUCGAAUCAUUCUGAGUGUAUUAAUUUAAAUGGGUCUUACUCAUGUAAUUGCAUGGAUGGAUUUACAUUAAACGAUGGACACUGUGUUGAAUGUGUAAAUGGAUUGUAUGGGAAGGACUGCCAGAUGCAGUGUCUAUGUAAUCAAAACAACACCAGAUCUUGUGACAAAUCGACCGGUUUCUGUGUUUGUAAAGAAGGUUGGAAUGGGUCCCAGUGCAUUGAGGAUGUAAAUGAGUGUUCCAAUGCCUCUAUAUGUCCAGUGCAUUCUGAGUGUAAAAAUUUUGAUGGAUCAUACUCGUGCAAUUGCAAUGAGGGAUUCACACUUGUUGGUGGAUACUGCAGUGAUUGUAAACAUGGAUAUUUUGGAUUGAAUUGCACGAGUCAGUGUUCUUGUAACUCAAACACUACAGAAUUAUGUGUCAAAGAAACCGGUGUAUGCAUCUGUAGAGAAGGUUGGGGUGGUUUAAAUUGUGAUGAAGACAUUAACGAAUGUUCAAAUACCUCGAUCUGUCCAGAACAUGCAGAAUGUUCCAAUUCUAAUGGUUCCUACAAGUGUGAAUGCAUGGAUGGAUUUACCCUUCUGGGGGGACUUUGUAUCGAAUGUGAAAAUGGAAGUUAUGGUAGGAAUUGCCAGAUGCAGUGUUUAUGUAACCUUAACAACACGGCCUCUUGUGACAAGGUGACGGGUUCUUGUAAUUGUAAACAGGGUUGGAACGGCUCCAAGUGCAAUGAUGAUAUCAAUGAGUGUUCAAAUACAUCUAUCUGUCCCAAACAUUCAAUCUGUGUCAAUUCUGACGGGUCCUACACAUGUGUUUGCAAGGAUGGAUUUACACUUGCUGAAAUGAUGUGUGUGGAAUGCAAGGAUGGUUUUCAUGGAAAGAAUUGUCAGGAGCAAUGUUUGUGUAACCCCAACAACACAGAAUCUUGUGACAAAGUGACGGGAUCCUGUGUUUGUAGAAGUGGAUGGAAUGGUGCCCACUGUGGCAACGAUAUAGACGAAUGUGUAAACACAACCAUUUGCCAAAAUCAUUCUGAGUGUAUCAAUUUAAACGGAUCCUACUCGUGUAAUUGCAUGGAGGGGUUCAAACUUGUUGAUGGACACUGUGUUGGUUGUAACAGUAUAAUGUUUGGAGAUCAAUGUUUAGAAACCUGCAAGUGCAAUAUGGAUGGUACAGCAGACUGUAAUAAUGUGAAUGGUAACUGCACGUGUAAAGAAUAUUGGAAUGGAACUACAUGCGAGUUCCUUGACGAAUGUAAGGCAGGGAUCGACAUCUGUCACAUGAAUUCUACUUGUGAAGACACAGCAGAUAGCUACAAUUGUAUAUGUAAUGCUGGAUUCUCAGGAGAUGGUAUCAAUUGCUCAGCAUGCAAUGCAAAUAGGUACGGUACCCAAUGUUCUGAAAGCUGCAAAUGUGUGAUGGAGAAUACACGUGAUUGUGAUGACGUCACGGGAAUGUGCAUCUGUCAUGACAAGUGGAAUGGGACUCAUUGCGAUGUUCCCGUAGAUGAUUGUAGGAAUGGAACUUCUGUUUGCGAUCCAGAUCUGCAGGACUGCGUCAGAAAAAGUGAAGAAAACAAAUAUUUCUGUUCUUGUCGCUAUGGAACCAAUGGCACCACUGGUGGAAUAUGCUUGUCCCCAGUACAACCGUAUACAACUACUGCAAAAGAAAUAAAGUUUAGAGCACAAACAACCCUGGCCGUUGAAAUUACACAAGAGGAGUUUCAAGAGAAGACGAAAGCUAUUGUGGACGACGUAUUUAACAUAACUUGGAAGUUUGAACAUCAAAUAUGAAAUAAUUGCAAGAAAAAAUGAGAUUCCACAUAACCAGGCAGGCCAGUAUGUAUGGGCCACAAAACAGCUGUUGGGUAAAUCUGUUGUGUUGGAAUCCCUGGACAGAAACAGUACAGUUUCCCUUGUCAAA